AUGGCGUCCCCCGUGAAGAACAAGCCAGGAGAACUCCUCGGUCUGUCCCUGUCCGAAGCACGCCUCCUCAUUCUCGGCACGCUCUGCACUGACGAGUCUGGCAAGGUGGAUUGUGAGAAGCUCGCCAGAAAAGGAAACUACAAGAACGCCGCCUCAGCCGGCACAUCCUACCGCACCGCGAAGCGCAAGCUCAACGACCUCAACCCUCCUGAUGGCCAGGAUGCCGCCGCAACGCCCAGCCCAGCCAAGUCCGUCGCGACCCCAAAGAAGGGAAAGGGAAAAGCGAAGAAGGAUGACGCGACUCCGGGCGCUGGCAACGACGCCUCCCCAUCCAAGCCGAAGCGGCAGAAGAAGACCCCAGCCACGCCUGUGAAGCUCGAGAACAGCGAGGACGACAAUGACGUUAUGAAUCCCGAGCUGAGCAGCCCUACCAAGGCCAGGGGCGCAAAGCCUGGCAAAGCCCAGCCUGCGAAUCCUGUAAAGCUUGAGUCUACCACCGCCGACACUCCGAACUCUGCCACCAAAGUCGGCCCCGUGGUCAAGGCCGAAGAGGGUGACUCUGGACUGAUGGUCUCCAGCGACGACGAAUGGGUCAACAAGCCUCUUGAUACCGAGGCGGAGUGGAAGGCCAUGGAGGAGAAAGGCCAUGUCGUUGAACCGAAGAAGGAAGCUUGA